GUUUUGCUAUCGGUGUUUUUGCCUAUUUUGCGAUUGUCAUAGCAUUUCUUAUCAGUGAAAAGAGUUAUCACUGAAUCGAUGGGAGAUGCGUAGAGCAAAAGCAUUUAUUAGAAAUUGUAUUUUCGCAUCAGAGUUGCUUGCAUUGAAUCGUGUGCCCGUGCGAAAUUAUUCCAAAGUAACAAUGGCAUCCGAACACUUGGUGACUGAAUUGAAAAGUUUGUUUUUGUGUGGUGUUCGUGCCGUUCAACCCGAGAAUCUAUUUCGUACCGAACAUUUUACAAUUGACAAAAUAAAUGGAAAAAUUCACUGUAACUUUAGUGAAAAGAAUUCAAUGGCAAUAGAUAUAGAUGGUAAGCGGUGCCAUCUUGUAGGGUUUGGAAAAGCCGUAUAUGGAAUGGCUAGUGAAUUAAGUAAAGUACUCGGUGAUCGGUUGAAAUCUGGGAUUAUAAGUGUUCCGUUAAAUAUUCACAAGAAUUUCAACGAUAUUCAAUUACCAACGGUUGUUAAGGUGUUCGAAGGUGCCCACAAUAAUUUACCAGAUGAAAAUGCGGAAUUGGCCGCAACUGUAAUUGUUCAAUUUGUGAAAAAUUUAACGAAUAAUGACAUUUUAUUUGUGCUAAUUUCGGGUGGGGGUUCAGCAUUGCUGCCAUUACCAGCCAAAGGUGUAACACUGCACGAAAAAUGUGAUAUCAUAAAAAAAUUGUCCAGCAAAGGUGCAACCAUUUCGGAUAUAAAUCGGGUACGCAUCUCUUUAUCUGGAACAAAAGGUGGAAAAUUGGCAAACCAUGCAUCGAAUGCCAACACAGUUGCAACAUUUAUCAUUUCCGAUAUUAUCGGCGAUCCAAUUGAUUUGAUUGCAAGUGGUCCCACUGUUCAAUCCAAAAAUACUGGAAAUGAAAACAGUUCCAUCGUUGUUUUGAAACGAUUUGAUCUAUGGAGCUCAUUACCUGACCACAUUCGAGAUGCUGUAACGGACCAUGAACUUAGCCACCAUGCUGUUGCAGUGAAAAAUGUUAAAAAUAUGAUCAUUGCAAACAAUGAGAUCGCAAUAGAUGCUGUACGUCAAGAAACAGACAAAAGAAAUGUGAAAGCGAUCAUUUUAUCGACUGAAAUCGAAGGCAAUGUUGCUGACCUAAGCAAAGCAUAUUUUGAGCUCAGCAAAUGCAUUAAAGCAUUUAAGAUGGGACAAAUGAACGAAAAUCAAUUGCUUCACCACUUACACACAUUGCGUCAAAUAUUACACAUUCGAGACGAAUUCUUUCAAACUAUUACAAAUACUUUGAAUCAAUCGAAAGCCGAACAAAAUGAUUUCUGUGUAAUUGGAGGUGGUGAACCAACUGUCACUCUUAUUGGUAACGGUAUAGGUGGUAGAAAUCAAGAGCUUGCUCUUCGGUUUAGUAAAUUUGCUUUUGAUGAUAGCUUAACGCAAGAUGUAUUUCUUCUGUCGGCCGGGACAGAUGGGAUCGAUGGACCAUCACCAGCUGCCGGAGCGCUGGGAGGUGGAGAUAUUAUUCGAAACUAUUUGAUGAUACCAGGAAAUAGCCGAAAUGACAUCGAUGCUUUCAUACAAAAUAACGAUUCGUUUAAUUUUUAUUCAAAUUUAUCUCAAAAUAAAUAUCACAUCAUCACACAGGAACCAAUGUUAUGGAUUUGCACCUUUUACAGUUCACAUGAAUCAAAUAAUAACGAACUGAGCACGACAUUUUGUCCGCAAUAUUCAAAUCGAUACUCGUACUAUUGGAAGUAG